AUUACACUCAGAACAGUCCGAAGAUCAGCUCUAUUUAUAGAAUUGAGAUCACUCGGUCCAAUAUAAACAAACAUUCAUGACAACAUUCGCAAACUUUAUUCAGAAGAACUCAUAACACGACAACCCAUAUCAUGGCGGGUACCAACGAAACUGCGAGUACUCAGCCAACCCAUGACGGUGUGCGGACAUUUAGCCACAUGGAGGAAGAGAUUUCACGUUUAUCCGCCAAUUUCAAGGGACAAUGUAAAGUGAUUGACACAAAUGGGAAGUUCGUCAAAACGGUGAAGCUACAUCCAGAGGGUCUAGACAUUGUCUGCAACUUCAAACUGACAGAUUCCUACCCUGAUGUUCCCCCGGUAGUAGAAAUCCGGUCUGCUUCUUUGGAUGAGGAAGAACUGUCAGACCUGAAAAUAUUUCUGCAGCAGACGGCGAAUGCGGCGAAACCAUGCUCCCUAAACCUUGAGGGUCUCGUGAACGAAGCCCUUGAAUGGCUGAAGAAUGAACGAAUAAACGUCACAGGAGCUAAAGCCAACAGGAAGAACGUCAAUAUGAACAUUAAUGACAAACAAAAGAAGGCACGGUCAAAGAAAAACAAACACAAAGACGAUGUAGCAAAGGGCAAGAAACCUCCGAUGAAAACCUCAAUGGACGUCGUGAAGAGAAUUCUAUGGGACGAGAAUCUCGAGCGAGAUCAGUUCUUAGUCGGGUAUCUAGAUCGAAUAGAUGGGCUGAAGGAGAAGUAUUUCAAUGCGUUCAGCUGGGAGGACAUAGCCUCCGUCGAUUACACGGUGUUGGCCAUUCCAAAGCACCGUAUUCAGUACUUCAAGUACAAGGACACUAUUGUGUGGGACAAGCGAUGUCGGCUGGACAACGUCUUUGGGUCAACCGGAAGUAAUACGACAAUUGUCGAAGUCAUCGCAAACUUAAAGGCCGCACAUAAUGUAGCUGCAGGAGGGACGGGCAUUUAUGCAGAAGGUAGUGUUAACAUUAGCAACAAUGUGGUGAACGAUGACGAUCAUAUUGACAGCGAUUAUGGCAAUAGCGACGAUUACUCGGACAGUGAUAGUGACAGCGAUGAUGGUAUCACUGUAACCAUCGGCAAAACUGAAGGCUGCGCAUAUGGUGGCAAUAGUUAUGGCGGAGACGAAGGGGAAUACGGAUACGAUGAUGACACGGGAGCGAGAGCUGGGCCAGAUGAUGGGGACGAGGAAGGGACAUUUGACAAGUAUUGGCGAGAUAAACUACGACCAAAUUAUUUUAUUGCACUGAGAAUAACGGAUGAUGAGAUACGAGGAAACGCUGAAGCAAUUCAGAAGCAGGUCAUCGCUAGUGAAUCCAGGUUGAAGGAAUGUGCAAUACCUAGAGGUGCUAUGCACAUAACGCUUUGUACUGUUGGGCUGGACUCUGGCGAACAAAUUAUGAACGCUGUUAAGUGUUUAAACGAAGCAAAAGACGAAUUGGCAGGAAUGGUACCAAAGGAUAAGAAAUUGACAUUUAAAGGAGUGAAGACAUUUUUCAAUCGCGUUAUUUACGGACGAGUGUUGGAUUGUCCGCCGGAGUUCAUGUCGUUAGUGGAUCACGUCAAGACUUGCCUGACCUCUAGCGGGAUUGAAAUCAGAGACUAUCAUGAGUUCAUUCCGCACAUGACCAUUAUGAAAGUGUCUCGGCCGGUGGCGAAGUUGACUGGUAACAAUUACAUUGCGCCCUGGUUGUAUUCCAGUUUUAAUGAGACGUUUCUAGGUUCUCAGACUGUUGAUAAUCUGCACUUGUGUUCCAUGGUUGACGAUCGACAAGCAGACGGCUUUUACAUCACCGCCACGUCACUUGACCUUAAAUAAGACGGCUGCAUCAUUGAAGUCAGUUGACGAUCGACAUUAAAACAUCAUAAAAUACCUAUCUCUUGCACGACUGUUUAAUAACAUUCGGUGUAUGUGAGGGCAUGGGACGACAACUCUGCAUGGUGAUUGACCCCAUAUUUGUGUUUGAUAGUAUUUGUAUGUAUUUAUAAUGAAACUACUGAUAAUACUGAUGCAAAUACAAUGCUGAUAAUUUUG